GGGGAACAAAAACAACGACGGACCAGAUUUCCGUGGGCAUUUAAGAGCAGCUUGGUUCUCUUUGCAGUUACGUAAGGAUGACUGUCACUUUUUCCUAGUCUCCUUAACUAACAAGCUUUGUUAGACAUCAGUAGGAUGUGAAUGGCUUCCGCUGGAGCGCGUUUAGCACGUCUUUAUAGCUCAUGUUCCGGUGUUAUUCUGCGUAGAUCGCUAUCACAUGCGGGGAUGGACGACAUGGGAAUAAGCACAAGCCGCUCUUGCCUUGAGGGACUGGAGUUUGACAAUGUUGCUCUUAAAAAACUUCCACUGGACCCGUCCACCGAACCAGGGGUCCGACAGGUCCGAGGGGCCUGCUUCUCUAGAGUCCAACCCACCCCUCUGAAGAACCCAAAGUUUGCGGCAGUUUCAGGUCCAGCUCUGGCACUGCUGGGUCUUGAUGCUGAUGAGGUUCUGAAGGAUCCACUGGGCCCAGAGUAUCUCAGUGGCUCUAAAGUGAUGUCAGGAUCAGAGCCUGCUGCCCAUUGCUACUGCGGACACCAGUUUGGACAGUUUGCAGGACAGCUUGGGGACGGAGCUGCAUGUUAUCUGGGAGAAGUGAAAGCCCCGGUGGAUCAGAGCUCAGAGUUACUGCAUGAGAAUCCCACUGGACGCUGGGAGAUCCAGGUGAAGGGUGCUGGACUGACGCCAUACUCUAGGCAGGCAGAUGGGAGAAAGGUUUUGCGCUCCAGCAUACGUGAGUUCCUGUGCAGCGAGGCGGUUUUUGCCUUGGGUGUCCCGACCACAAGAGCUGGAUCAGUAGUGACGUCAGAUUCUCGAGUCAUGAGGGAUAUCAACUAUGAUGGCCAUCCACGCAUGGAAAGAUGCUCUGUGGUCUUGCGCAUUGCUCCCAGCUUUAUUAGGUUUGGAUCAUUUGAGAUCUUCAAACGCGCUGAUGAAUUCACUGGCCGCCAAGGUCCCAGCUAUGGCCACGAUGAGAUCAGAACCCAGAUGCUGGAUUAUGUCAUUGAGACCUUCUACCCAGAGAUCCAUCAGAAUCACUCAGACCGCAUUGAGAGGAAUACUGCUUUCUUCAGAGAGGUGACUUUACGAACAGCGAGGCUGGUGGCUCAGUGGCAGUGUGUGGGUUUCUGUCAUGGAGUCCUCAAUACUGAUAACAUGAGCAUCCUGGGCCUGACUUUGGACUAUGGGCCUUUCGGCUUCAUGGACCGUUUUGACCCAGAUUUCAUCUGUAAUGCCUCCGAUACUUCAGGGCGGUAUUCUUACCAAGCCCAGCCGGCCAUCUGCCGCUGGAAUUUAGCUCGGCUCGCUGAAGCCCUGGUACCUGAUCUACCUCCGGACCGGGCCGAACAGGUGCUGGAUGAGUAUCUGCCUCUUUACAAUGGAUUCUAUCUGAGCAACAUGAGGAAGAAACUGGGUCUGCUGAGGAUGGAGGAACCAGAGGACGAGAUGCUUAUCACAGAACUUUUGCAGACAAUGCAUAACACUGGAGCAGAUUUCACAAACACUUUCCGCAGCUUGAGUCAGAUUUCCUGCCCAACACAGCAGGAGGGGGAAGAUGAAAGCCAGGCUAUAAAACAAGCUGCAGAGCUUCUCCUGCAGCAGUGUGCCUCUCUAGAGGAGCUCAAAGCUGCAAACAGACCCACCAUGGAUCCACGUGAACUUGCAAUGCUGCUGUCCAUGGCUCAGAGUAACCCUGCACUGUUCCAGAUGAUUUCGGACCGGAAGACAGUCGCCCGUCAGCUGGAAAGGCUCUCAAGAUUGAAGGAACUGAUGGACACCACUGCAGAGCAACUAAGGGCCAAACAGACAGAAGACUGGUCCUGCUGGAUCAGAAAAUACAGGCAGCGGCUUGCUCGUGAGUGUGAGUCAGGGGUUGAUGUGACAGAUCUGCAGAAGGAGAGAGUACAUGUGAUGAACAACAACAACCCAUAUGUGGUACUCAGAAACUACAUCGCCCAGAAUGCAAUAGAGGCAGCUGAAAAUGGUGACUUCUCAGAGGUCCAGAGAGUUCUGAAAGUGUUGGAAAAGCCGUUCUCUGUGCAGGAAGGUCUUGAAAAGCCAGGCUGGGUGGGAAGAGGAGGAGUGGUGGAUUCAGAAGAAACAGAUGAGACCGGAGAAGAAGGGAAUACAUCAGGAGCAGAGGCUCGAGUACUCGUCCCAUAUGACAGCAAGCCCCCCAUGUGGGCCAAUGAGAUCUGUGUCACCUGAUCAUCAUAAAACUUUCAUGACAACUAACCUGCUCAUUUAAGCAGAAUAAUCUUGCAGAAGCUGGUUAGGUGUCAGUGAAGGUAUUAAAUGAGGCAUUAAACUCCCAUCCACCAGUUAAAAACAUGCAGUAAGAUAAUGUGUAGGGUGCUAAAUGAAAAUCCAGCAUGUUUAUUGCUGUAUAUUUGACUAGCUACAAAUGAUGACUUAGACCACCAGUCUAACCAUGACCGGUCUCAGUCUGAAAGAUGGAAGUAAAGCCCUUGAUCAACCAAACUCCUAUGCUUAAACGCACAAACAGAUGUAAUCGUUUACCUAAAGGCUCUCACUUUAAAUCAUGUAGUUAUAAGUAUGUAUAAUAGAUUUAACACACAAUCCAUGUGUAGCUGAAAUAGUCUAUUAAUUCAGCAACUACAUUUACUUGUAAAUAGUAACUUGACUGAAAGUACUUUAUUUUCAGUUAAGUGCUUUGUUUCCUUACCACACCUCUUCACCAAUUCAUUUUUAAAGUUUAAUUGGACAAUGCAUAAAUCAUUUUACAUUUUAAUUUUGGAGCCAACAGAGGGAGGACUGUAUUAUCGUAUGCUUUGUGUCCAUUCCUGAAAUGCCAUUUUGAUUUUGUUCAAAAUAUAAUUAACAGAAUUUUAAUGUCUUUCAGCAUAGUUUCAACAACUGUGAAGACAUUUUCAGACAUUAUUUAUAUAAUUUUUAUGAACGUCCCUGAUGAAUAUGCAAUAUUUCUAAGGUAAAGCACAAAUGUAAUAAACAAAACAAAUAGCAUGGCUGUGUUCUAAUUUUGUAAACUAGGAUUAUUUCUGUGAAGAUGAGGUUUUGUAUCUGUAAAAGACUUUUGGGAUCUUUUCAGUGAGAAGCGGCUCCCAUUGUUUUUAUUUAGGGAGGAAUGUCUGUGCCUGGGGCCCAAUACUCAAGUAACAUGUUAACACAGGUUCAGAUAUGCACCUAAAAUAUUAAGGCAGAUUUCAACAGUGUCAAGUACUUGCAGACCAAAAAAAUUAUGUAAUGUAUUGCAUAUAACAGGGGAACAAGCAUUCUUCUUUGUUCAUAUUGUGAAAGACCAAAAUCCAUGGGACUCCCAAAGCCUUGUUUUAAUUUUUUUAAUGCUAUAGGAGAACAAACAUGCAGCAGUUCUCACAUUCACUGAAGGACAAUCAUGUUCUUGGUUAUUUUGUCUUGGUGAAGCAACUCUUGUAUGGAAAGCUGUUUUAACAUUUAUUAAACACACUUGUGGUAACA